AUGGCACACAGCGUCAAGCGAGGGUGCAAUAUCACGGAAAAUCAAAAAAGAUGGCUUGUCGAGUUUGCUAAAGAACACCCCGAUAUAAUAGCGGGGAAACAAAUAGCAAAUUUAACGUUGAAAAAAAUGCAACAGUCAUGGGAAAAAACAUGGCAUGAUUUACGAGCACGCACUAAGAGUAAAAUUGCCAAACAGCGCAAUUAUCAAACAGGAACAGGUGGAGGGCCGGCAAAGGAAGAGAUGUUGGAUAAUAUAGGGGAAGGUGUUGUUGAAGUGAUACAAGUCGUGUCUGUUGAGGGUCAUGAUGUUCCAGAGUCGCAAGUUGCAUUUAAUUUUGGAGAGACAGAAACUGAUGAGGGAAAACUUGUUGCAACAGCAGAAAUAUGCCAUGAAAAUGCUCCAAUAAUUGUGAACUUAAGAGCAGAGCAUCCAGCAGACCAGCAAGCAGCCAAUGAACAUCCAGCAGAACAGCCACAAGUGGUGUUUGAUUUUUAUGAUUUUACAAAAGCAGCAAACACGAGUGUAAAUGUAGUCCCCACAAGUAGCAACGAGAAGAUACUUACACCACAAACAAGGAAAGGUCCCAUACACAACCACAAGUGUCCAAAGAAAAAGGAUGGUUUAAUUAAUUCUACGAUUGCCGCAGCAGCAUAUAAAGAGAGUCUUGACAGAAAAUUACAACAGAAAUCCGACUAUUAUAGUGAAAAAGUAUCACUUCUGAGGGAACAAAAUGAUAUUAGGAGGCUUCAUGUUGAAGCAUUGAAUACCAUCGCACACCAUUUGAGUAGCAGCAGUGAGUUGAAGGAAUAG